UACCAAUCUGUAGCCGGCGCAUACGAUACAAAAAUCAAAGACUCGUAAUUGAAUUAAUUAAUUUGUCGGAUAAACAUAAAAAGUCGAAAUUAAAAACAAAAUAGUUGUACAAUCGAAGUUCAUCAUGUCUCGAAUCACUCCUCGCACGACGUUUGAUUACAAUUUGAUUAUCCCCUUUCAAAAAAAUUCAAUACAUAUAAUCUCUCAAUCUCAAUUUAAUUUAAUUUAAUUUUCCAGAAUUCCGAUCUCUGAAGAGGAUUAACAAUGGCAGAGAAGAAAGGGGAAGAACCAGUUCUCGGUAUUCCCUACAAUGGCGGAAAUCAGCGGAUGAUGUAUCAACCGCAACCUCCACCUAAACCUAAAUACUUUUAUGUUGGUGAAAAUCCUUAUCAAAAAGGUACUAUUCUCCCUACCGCCAUUUUUGAUGAUCCUAAAGGUGCUCCAAUUCAUCAGACUUUUUACAGAGAUACUCCUGCUCCUUUUUCCUGCGUUUUUUGCUCUCAUUCUUCCAUUACUUCUGUCAAGUCAAAGCUGAGUCUUGUAGCAGUUGUUGGUUGCAUGAUGCCAUUUAUGCUAGGAUUUUGCUUCCUUUGCCCUUCAAUGGAUUGCCUCUGGCAUAAAUAUCAUUACUGCCCUAGGUGCGGAGAAAAGGUUGCUGACUUUGAGAAAUCAGAUCUUUGUGCUGUGAUGGAUCCUCCUAAUUGGGUGCAUAGGAGUUUUGCGUUAACUGGCUGAAGCUGAUAUGACAAAUGGUUAGUUUGUAUGAUGUUAAGCCUUCUGUCCCUCCCCUUGACAUAGUGUAUAAUUCCAAAUAUAAUUCAUGAGUGUAUUAGAUGUGAUUAAAGUUGAAGUUAUCAGGUAUCAAUGAUGUGUGUGUAAUGUUAUUGUACUAGUAUUACCAUUAUAGUCUAUUUAAGUGAUCUUAUUAUAGAUUGUGAUACCUAUUUUUGGUAUGAUUUUUGCACCAAUGUUAUUGUGCCUGUUUUAAUAAAGAUUUGAUACCAAUAAGGCUUAGGGAAUCAUGGGAAAACAGAGGGAUCAAAAGCAUCAAAGAAUUUACUGGCAUUAAUGUGUCACUGAACUGGAGACUUGUUGACAUGGUUUAUGCAUCUCAGCAGUCAUAUUCUUUCGUAUGAAAAAAGAGAGAGUUUUAGGUUGUUUGCCUUUAUCAAGUGAUCUAUGCAUAAAAAAGUUCAAAUUAUUUAAAGUAGCAAAUGCAUCUAGAAUGAUGCACCUUCUUGACUUACCUGAUGCUUAAUGUUGCAUCAUGCAUCUGUUGAAAAUGAAAAAAAAUUAACGUAGUACUUCAUUGAACCUUGUGUAGUUGGAAAAUGAAUUCCAGCAUGAGGGAUUAGAGCCCACCAGGAUAGCCAAGGAUGACCUGCCUUCAAAAUCUUUCUAAAAGAUAUAUUGUAUACAAUUUUAAGCAAAAUCAUUUGGGUGGCCUUGUAAUGUGGAUCAUGUUUGACAUGAUUUUUAUGUUGUUUUGAAUUUUUUUAUGCAUAGACACCCUAUAGAAAUAAGGCAAGUCAUCCUUGGCUGCCAGGAAAGGACUCUACAUCCUCAUGCGGGGACUCUCUUCCUGAGAAACAGCUAUUUGGAGUGCCCCAUUUUGGUUAGAAAUUUAUAUAUCUUGCUGUUUUGCAUAAGUGUCUAUUUAUAGUUUUAUACUGAAUGUCGCUUCGUGCAUUAAGUGGAUUCUGGUUGUUUUCCUUAUAAAUCAGCAUCCUCUAAGAUUUGAAUGAAAGGAUUCUGCAUUAAUGGACUAGAAUAAAUUCUUUGUACAUAGAUGGAUAUGUAUUAUCUCACUCUCGCUAAAAACAUGCUUUUUGCGUGCGCGUUGUCUCUCCCCCUUUUCUCUCAUUAACUUUUACUAGUUUUCAUUGAUUUUAAAUGGUUUUUCUACAUUUUUCCAGGGUAAGCAAUACCCACUGCUUCUUUGCCACUUUAUAUGCAUGAGUACUUGAGAGGAAAAUUGGUUUCCUUUUUUCUUUAAUGUGAUGUUAGUGAAAUUGACCGAGUACCACCACACAAUGGCAAAGAUAACUCGGUGUGAAUGAUUUAUGAUAAUCUAGUCGUUAAUCAAUGACCUAUAACUUUAGAUGAACUGGGAAAGUAUUAUCUGGUUGCUUAAAGAUACAUUGUUUUUUUUAUUGAAACUUAAGCGACAUGUAAUCCUAUUUUCAUGUUCUUUGUGCCAGACUACUGAUUUAACCAACUCCUUCACUCAAAUACUAUGAACAUCUAUUCUAGACCCGUUGAAAGUAAUGAAAAGUUUGAUAGCCUGAGCAUCAAUUUAUGAAGCUAAAUGGCAUGAUCCCUAAAAAGAACUAGUCAAGUAGGACAGCAUUUUAAUGUUAUCUAAUGAAGAGUUGUAUGUGAUUAGACCUCGGCUCCUCGCUAGCUAAUCCUUCUAUGAGAGCUCAACACAUAAAACACUCUGUCACUUGCCUUCUGAUAUUCUGUACAGGUUCGAUGAGAAAUUUAGUGACGUUAGUUUUGUGUUUGUGACCUCUUUCAGAGUUCAGAGUUGCUGAAUUCUGUGAGAAUCUAGAAGUUGAGGGGAUGCACACGAGAAUAAUUGUCCCAACAGAUGGCAUUGUGUAGAAGGCUCGGGUAAGAAAGGGAUAAUGUGUUGAAGGUUUUUGAUGAUGAGAGUUAGAAUAUGAUAGGAUAGUCAAUGAUUAAAGUGAUAAACCAAGCUAGAAAAGAGAUUUAUGUUUUGGUGUUCAGAUUUUAUUCCUGUUGGAGAAGUGAAGGUCAAAGAGCUACGCACCUUUUCUCUCACAAGAGUAUCUGCAUGAAGAAUCAAAGAGUGAUGCCAAUUGAUGAAAGGUCACUUUGGUAUGUUAUUUUCAAUUGUUAGGCUUUCUAAAUAGUUGAAGGGCCAUCAGUUAUGUAUUCUAGUUCUGCUUGUUCGCUUCUAGGUUUCUCCAGAUAAUGAUACAAUUAUACUUGACGGUUAUUAUGUUGACAUAUGCAUAGGUAUGGUCAACUUAUCGGGAAGUGGGAUUAUACGUAAUACUCCCUCUAUCCUCAUGAGUUUGACAGUUGACACCCUUGGAUUAGUUGUCUUUGAUUUAUAAUUGGAGAAUAAGAUAAAAGAGAA